CAUUAUUUAUCAGGCUAGUAAACUUUUCAUAUAAAGUUGAAUAAAAUGUUGUAGAUUUUAACAAGUAGGAUGUAAUUAUUUUAAACUGCCUUUUGGUAUAAGAUUUAUAUUUAAUUAUUAAAAAACCAAAAUAUUUAAUAAACCGAAAAAUGGAUGCUUUAAAUGUGUUUAUUGUAAUUGCUCUUAUACAUUGUUCAUUAUUUUUUUUUGACACAGUUUUCAAGACCUGUUCACAUUUUCCAUAUAUAUAUUUUUUGAAAAAUACUGGAUUAGAAGUUCAUUUAAUGCGAAUAAAAUGGUUUACUACUAUAUUCAAUCGAAAAAUAAUCAAAUGGGGUAUGGAUCGGUCCAAAUUUUGGACAGCAUGGUUCAAUACUGGAGUCAUUAUAAGUAUUAUUAUUUUACCAAUUGUAAUGAUUGCAAUUUUAAGAGUAACAUUUAAUAUAUGGGCUGCUGGACCAUCUGCGGAUACUAAAAAUUCAGCUGUUUUAUUAGAACCAAUGUUGCCUGGAGUUGAUAUACCAUUCAAUGAACUUGGAUAUUAUACAAUAACGUUAGCAAUUUGCACUAUAGUACAUGAACUUGGUCAUGCAUUAGCUGCAGUCAGAGAAGAUGUACAGUUAUAUGGUGUAGGAAUGUUAUUAGCUUUUACUAUACCAGUAGCCUAUGUUAACAUAAAUAAUGAACAAUUUGAAUCAUUACCACUACGUAAUCGAUUGAGAAUUACGUGUGCUGGAGUCUGGCAUAAUAUAAUUCUUGCAGCUUUGGCUGCUGCAAUUCUUGUGCUUUCGACAUGGUUCUGGGCUCCUCUUUAUAAUCUCAAUAGUGGAGUUUAUAUUAAAAGUAUUACAUCUAAUUCACCUUUAAGAGGCCAAACAGGUCUUUUAGAAUAUGAUAUAAUAUAUAAGAUAAAUAACUGUCCUGUUAAACACAGCGAAGACUGGUAUCAGUGUUUAUUAAAUACUAUUCAUCGACCUGCUCCUGGAUAUUGUGUUAAACAAUCUUUUAUUCAGGAAUAUGAUGAAUCAGUACCACCUAUACAAAAGAAUAAUGGAGUAGUAAAUUGCUGUACUUUGGAUAGCGAGACAAUGGGAAGUUUAUGUUUUGAAUACAUCGAAGGGCCACAGGGUGCACCUCUUCAUUUACCACCACAUUCCUGUCUUCCAGCAAGAGCUAUGAUUAAUCAGUCUCAAAAUUAUUGCCAAGCAAGCCAUGAGUGUUCCUCUCAAGACACACAUUGUAUAAAACCUUCUUUAGAUAAUGUAACUAAGAUCGUACAAAUAAAACGUAAGAUAGGAAAAGAUGUAUUGUUUUUUGGACAUCCAGCUGACAUUUACAGAACAGUUGAUGUAUCAGAUUGGGUUCCUAAAUACAGUUUUUUAAAGCCUAGCAUUCCUGAAUCUCUAGUCCUACUUUGUAAAUAUAUCACAAUGUUUUCAGCUGGACUGGCUGUUAUUAAUAUAGUACCUUGUUUCUUGUUUGAUGGUCAGUAUAUUAUAAACAUACUUGUUCAUUAUAUAUCGAAUGUAAUACCUUAUAAUAGAAAUAUUAGAGAAGCAUUAACCCUUACAAUAACAAGUAUAGGUACCAUACUUCUUAGCAUAAAUAUAGUGUAUUUACUUAUUAAUAAAUAUUAUUAUAAUUUGUAACAAUUUAAUCUUUUUA